AUGGAUGCGUCGGAAUUGACGAGUAGUUCAAUCAACUCCAAGGCGAGAAGAAUUCUUCAUGCUGCGAUGCAGCUGAAGUACACGUACGAGGCUUGUAUGAAGGAACCUGUAUCGACAACACAACUUGCUUCAUUCUCCUCAAAUCCGGAAGUCCAUGGUCCUCGUAUGGGUGCAGUUCAGAUAGAUUUCACAAAUUCCACCCUACGCUCAAAGUGGAAUCAGGCAGUCGUUGAGCUUCUAGCUGAAGUGGCGGAAUCUACCCAUCCAGACAUAGGCGCAAAAAUUGAUUGGCGGAAACUCUUCGAAAGGAGGAUCAAUCGAAUCGUCAGCGAUGCUUCUCGCUUACGAAAAAUGGACAACUCUGUCGAGACCAAACGCAAGAAAUUUUCGAGGGCGGUAUCACAUCAGAAACUUCAACGUCGAAUUCGAACUGCCAGUAUGAUGCUGAUUCACUACAAAUCAUUGGCAUUUGAAGAUGGUGUUCUUUUUUGGUCCUACAUCCUCUGGUCCUUAGAUUCCCUCGCUUCCACAGGCAUGUCAGAUGAAGAAACCGUCAGCGAGAAAGAGGGCAACAGUUCUUUCAGAGCUGUGGUGGACCCAGGUUCACGACACCCAGCGUUUCGCACUUUGUUCCGAUAUGUUGAUGACGUUCCCUCCUUAUAUCCUAAUCUCUUUACAAGAUGUGGUAAAAAGCCACUCAAACGAGUCUUUGUACCAUCAACGCUAAUGAUGUGUGCCCUGCGUUCGGACAAUUCGGACAGCGAUGAUGACCUUUGCCCUACGAGAUUUCUUCCAUAUCUAGUGAAAAAUGGUUACCACGUUUAG